AUGAAACGAUGUCAGAGUGAUCAUACAAUAUUUUUUAAUAAAAACAACUGUGAAAACAUCUUACUUGUGGUGUAUGUUAAUGAUAUUGUAAUUACAAAAAGUGAUAGCAAAGGAAUUAACAAAUUGAAGGCUUUCCUCCAAACCAAGUUUCAGACUAAAGAUUUGGGAGUCUUGAAGUACUUCUUAGGCAUUGAAGUUACGAAAGAGAUUUUCCUUUCACAAGGGAAAUGUGUUUUGGAUCUAUUGAGUGAAACUGAUAUGAUGAGAUCCAAAACAUGUGAGACUCCUAUGAAACCUGAAGUUAAGCUGACUGUGGAUGUAGCUUUUUUUUUCGGAUCCACAAAAGUAUAG